GCGCGCGGGCGCGCACGCGGCGGCAACUUCACCCUGGACGGGAGGCUGCUCACUGUCGGUGUGUGGGCGAGAAUCUCGCGCGAGGUGGUGGCGAGACCGAGGGCGAGACUGCGAGAGACGGCGUGGCGCGCGCCCUUGUCGGAUAAGUCACAGUAAUCGCGUAGAAUGGGAAGAUUGCAGAGAAAUGGUGCCGUGCUAGUGGUAGUAUGCCUGCUGAUAGAGACGAAUGGCUUCUACGUGCCCGGAGUCGCUCCGGUGGAGUUCAAGAAGGGUCAGAAGAUUGACGUUAAAGCGGUGAAAAUGACCAGCACCCACACGCAACUACCGUACGAAUAUUAUUCCCUUCCGUUUUGCUUGCCGAAGAACGGAACCUUCAUUUACAAGUCGGAGAAUUUGGGAGAGGUGUUGCGCGGCGACAGGAUAGUAAACACUCCGUACGAAGUUGUGAUGGCAGAAGACAUUACCUGCAGGCUGCUGUGUCACAAGCCAUCCAAACUGAUGACAUGGGACGAGGCAAAUUCCCAGCACGUUAUCCAGAUGGUCCAGCAUGAAUAUUUCGUGCACCUGUUGAUAGACAAUCUACCAGCAGCUACGAAGAAGAAACACAAAGAAACGAAUAACGUGGUGGUUUAUCAAGGAUAUCGCCUCGGUGGAAUUAUGAACGAUCAAGUGUACAUCAAUAAUUACCUUAAGCUAAAGUUAAGCUAUCACAAACACGGCGAAAACGAAUUUAGAGUAGUUGGAUUUGAGGUGGAAGCUCGAUCCAUCGAUACGUCUCAACUGAAGUUUAAAGAUAAUACUUGUAUUCUACCGAGCGAGGCCAGCCCGCAGUUUGUCAAUCCGAAAGGCACGAGCCUCCUCUUUCUGUACUUGGUGGAAUGGAAGCAGUCGGACGUAAGCUGGGCAAGCAGGUGGGACGUGUACCUCGGCAUGAGCGACGUCGAGAUUCAUUGGUUCUCGAUCAUCAAUUCUCUCAUUGUCGUCUUCUUCUUAUCUGGAAUUCUUACGAUGAUCAUGGUUAGAACGCUUAGAAGAGACAUAGCCCGUUACAAUGCAGGCGAGAGUGACAGUAUGGCAGGUCUGGAUGAAACCAUCGAGGAGACCGGUUGGAAACUGGUCCAUGGAGACGUGUUCCGACCACCGACCAACUCACGCUUGUUCGCCGCCGUGAUCGGCAGCGGCAUCCAGAUAUUUUUUAUGGCUCUGAUUACGAUAUUCUUCGCUAUGCUGGGAAUGCUGUCGCCGGCGAGUCGAGGAGCCCUGGGCACCUGCGCGAUAUUUUUGUACGUGUUCUCCGGUUUGAUCGCCGGCUACUUCUCGGCUCGAUUGUACAAAACUAUGCGAGGUCGAGAGUGGAGAAGAGCCGCUUUACUGACGGCGACGUUUUACCCAGGUAUAGUUUUCACGACAUGUUUCUUCCUAAAUUUCUUCAUAUGGGGAAAGCACAGCUCCGGUGCGGUUCCCUUCACCACGAUGGUGGCUCUGCUAUGCCUCUGGUUCGGCAUCUCGCUACCUCUCGUCUAUCUCGGUUAUUUCUUUGGCUAUCGCAAGCAGCCUUUUACGCAUCCCGUUAGAACGAAUCAAAUUCCCAGACAAGUUCCUGACCAGCUGUGGUAUAUGAAUCCAAUAUUAUGCACUCUAAUGGCUGGAAUCUUACCGUUCGGCGCGGUAUUUAUAGAACUCUUCUUCAUCCUGACUGCGCUCUGGGAAAAUCAGUUUUAUUAUCUUUUUGGAUUUCUGUUCCUCGUUUUCUGUAUCCUUGUAAUCUCAUGCUCGCAAAUAUCAAUAGUCAUGGUCUACUUCCAGUUAUGUGGCGAAGACUACAGGUGGUGGUGGCGUAGUUUCAUCGUGAGCGGCGGAUCGGCGGUCUACGUGCUGGCGUAUUCAGUCUUUUACUUCGUCACGAAACUGAAGAUCACCGAAUUGGUGCCAACCCUCAUGUAUUUCGGUUACACCGCGCUGAUGGUCCUCACAUUCUGGCUGCUGACCGGAACGAUCGGUUUCUUCGCCGCGUACGCGUUCAUCAGGAAGAUAUACGCGGCCGUCAAGAUAGACUAGUCAAAAUUAUCAUUAGUAGACUAAUGCGAGCGAAAUAAAUUUAGACUUUUAAUUUAACCGAGCGAGAAAGAGGGGGAGAGAAAGGGAGCGAGCGAAAGAAAGAAUGAAAGAGGCAGAGAGCAGAAGUUUUCGUGUCGUGUAGAAACAAUAAGUUAAACGAAGCGGAUGCAUCUCUCAUCUUCCACAUGAAAAUUUUUAACUACAAACGUUGCACACGAUUUUGACUGACGUGUACGUAUAUUUGAUGUAUUGACGUAAGGUUUCUACGUGUUUAUUCUUGCGUCCGUUACGAGUACAAUGUAAGCUCCAUGUUUGUCGCACGGCUUAGGAUUUGCAAAACUAUUGCAAAUAUAAAAAUUGAAUGACAAGGGAGAGAUAUAUAUUGAAGAGAUUGAUGCACCUUUAAGAAAGUAUUUCUUUUCUUGUACUAUUUUUUUUUAUUUCUUUUGUUUUGAAAUAAAUAUCGCAAUGAAGAAAUGUUCUUCUAACAUCUUUAUUUUAAAAGGAAACGUUGCAGAAAUCGAUUUUCUGUUUAUCACGUUUGCCACUUUUUAUAACGAAAAAUGAACUUGUCGUGUUUGCGAGUACACGAAAUAUGCAGAGGUAAGGCGCGAAUGUGGAGCUCCAAUGUAUACUGAAUCUAUUUUAUUUAUGUAAUAAGUUACCGGGAGUCGAUUGCAAGGUUUCUCCCGCGAGUACUUAUAAUUUACGACAUGUAUACACACAUAUGAGAAAAUAAUCGAACUGAUCCACAAACGGUUGGACGUUGGCUAUAUCAUUAACGUUCCCUUUUGUCUCGAAGACCAAGGGACUCUGUAAAAAAUAUUCAAGUAAUGUGAUAUUAGUAACAGUCAAUGUGCGAAAGUAUUAUAUAGCCGAUAAAAAUGAGCCAGUCUAAAGUGUUUAUCGUUUCCUUUAAUGUAAGAAUACAACACGCAGUUUCGCAACUGUCUCGGCCGGUCAUUAUGAUAACAAUAAGCGCAGUAUGCAACGUGUAUGAAUAAUAAUUUUGUGUAUCUAUUUUACGUUCGUACGGGUGCACGUUUUUAUUCUUCGACUUUCGGAUGUUGUUAUCGCAGACAUCUGUGCGUCCAGUUUCGUUGACUCAAUUUGUAUGUUUUUUUUAUUGCGCACUUGUGUAAAAUUACGUCGGUACUUAUAUACAAUUUUUUAGUAAUUUUAGUAAGUAAACAUCGUUUCAAGUUCUCCGUAAUAGAAUUCUAUGUACAUCGAGAUUGACAUCGUUAUAACUAUGAUAUAUUACAAAAGUAUUUUAUACUAUUACUGUUGUAAAUAAUACGUGAUGGCUAGCGUGUACGAAACGUGUAUACAGAUAUGUCCUAAUUUCGACAAUUAUAACCUCCAUAAAUUGUA